AUGUCCUCGGAGGAAUCGUACGCUCCCCAGAGCAGCCGUCAGUCCAGCGACGGUACCCUGAGCGAGCAUGCAGCCAGCGACGGCGCCCACACGGCCAUGACCAGCAUCAUUGACACGGACGAAGAGAUUCGUUCUCGGGACUCCGAGUUCGACGAGGAAGAACUCGACAUCAUAUCCAUCUAUCCCGCCAUGCAUUACCCUCAUGCUGCCGGUACCAACGCCCAGGACAUGCACUUUUCACCAAACCAUUCCCACACGGCGAAUUCUGACAUCGCCGCGUCCACGCGGUCAUUGUGGGCACAAGACCUCGACUAUCGAGACAUCCACGGCCGUCGUUACUGCCGCGAAUACUUCAUGCCCAACGACGAGAUUGAGCAAUUACGACUAGCCUUGCAACACCAAGUAUUCGUCCACGUCAUGGACGGCGAGUACACCUUGGCUCCGAUCCAAGACCCCACCCAUAUCCUCGACGUUGGCACUGGAACUGGCGAGUGGGCUAUUAGAAUGGCCGAGCUCUCACCUCGGUGUGAGGUUAUUGGGACAGAUAUCUCCGCCAUCGCCGAGACGAGGAGCGUCCCCAUGAACGUCUUUUUCGAAAUCGAAGAUGCCGAGGACUGGGACCGCCUUCCCGACAUGUACGAUCUCAUCCACUUUCGCGGUAUGGAGGGGGCCUUCCAAAACUGGAGAUUUAUUUACGACAACGCCUUUUACUCACUCAAGCCUGGAGGCUGGGUGGAGGUACAAGACUUUGACAGUGCGGAGGGAUUCAUACAGUUUGUGGACAUGUUCCCCCCUGAGUCGCCCAUGCGCGCCAUAACUGGCGAUCUCGAAGAAGCCGCCAACAGAUCGGGUCGCCCUCGAGGCACCAGCCACCUAGACCCCCGACUGUUUAUGGAAGCGGGUUUUGUCGAUGUCCGGGUGACCGAGUACGUCAUCCCUAUUACCGUGGCGGAGAAGUCAGCUGGCAAGAUAUGGCUCAUCUCGUGUCUUGAUGCCCUCGAGGCCAAUUGCCUAAGGCUAUUGACUGAACACAUGGGGUGGGAUCCCGAGAAGUGCAAGGCGGCUUGUGAGGCAGCUGCUCGAGAAAUGGCCAAUCUGGCCAAGAAUCCAGAAAAGUCGAAGGGGCUUCAAAUCAAGAUGCGUGUCAUUAUUGCAAGAAAGCCACUCGACAGCCAACCCACUGACCUAGCUGCGGUGCUUGGGCGGCCGAUCUCGCCGACGACGACAGAGUACGUUCCCGAAGACAGCCCAGACCCGACUCUCCAUGCGGGCGAUGAGGAUGCAAUGUCGGUGGUCAUUCCACCGCCGAGAGAAACCACCAACAUGGGGCCAACUUAA